AUGUCUCGUGCUCUCGGCUUCUUCACUCUCCUGUUGGCAUUUUUAAGAGCAGUCGAGCCGUCUGUUUGGCUGAGGUCAGUUGAGGCAGUGGACAGCAGACAUCCAGGCAUGCUGGUCUGCAGUGCGUACGACUUUUAUCCUCAACAGAUCCGAUUGACUUGGUUGAGGAACGGACAGGUGGAGACAUCUGAUGUGACAUCCACUGUGGAAGUAUCCAAUGGAAACUGGCUCUACCAGAUUCACUCCUAUCUGGAGUUUACACCCAGACCANNCUGUAUGGUGGAGCACGCCAGCCUCAUGGAGCCCAAGCUUUAUGACUGGGUUAUGAACCAAUCAGCGUCCUUUGAGGAACUACUGGCAGCUAUGACAUGA